AUGCCUACAACGCGGUCUCAAGCCAACGCGUCGGAAAAUAUUGUUCCAGUCAGUGAGAAUCAUCCCGGCGGUGUGAGAAGUACCACUUCAAGACCUACUGCCACCAGCGGUGUGAGGGACUCCGUCUCAAGACCUACUGCUGCAUCAAGCCGCGACACGUCAGCGGCCACAUCGGAGAGUGCAGAACGCACCACAACCUCCGAGGGUACAGAUCGUACCACCACAAGUGGAUCAACCACGUCCACGGAAAAUUCCACGGAAAACACGACAUCUUCUAACGUCACGGCAAAACCAACAGGGGACUCCGGGCGCGCCAAGCCGACGAAGUCGCAUCGCUCCGGGUCAAGCAAGCUGAAAGAAGCUGAAUUGAAGGAAAAACUGGCCGCCCUGAAGUUAGAAGAGAUCCGAGCAUCUAUCGCUCUCGCUCAAGCACAAUUGGAAAAGCAUCACGCUGCCGCUACGGACGAAGAGGACCUGGCGUCAGCAUCGGAAAAUGAAGAUGAAGGAAAAGAGGAACGUUCUAGCCACGUUCAAGAAUGGCUGGAGGGAAAACCAGAAAAGGUGAACAAUGAAGGACGAGGACAGGGCGCUCGCAGUCGACACGACGACGGGAAAUGCGAACACCGGGAAGAAGAAAACCGGCCUGCGCGUCAGCCACUCAACGUGGAUGUUACCUCACUGGCAACAGCUCUCAGUCAAGCAGUACGGACGACGAGAGACGCACCGAAGUACCUCCAGGAGCUGCCGGUGUUCAAUGGGCAAUCCGGUAGUUGGCUAAUGUUUCGCGCUGCUUAUGAAGAAACCAAGGGGUUAUUUUCAAAAACGGAAAAUGUAUCAAGACUGCGCCGCAGCGUCAAGGGGGCGGCGCAUGAAGCUAUCAGCAGUCUACUCAUCAGCUCACCAGAUCCCAAGAAUAUCAUGGAAGCUCUGGAAAGAAGAUUUGGGAGACCUGAUGCAUUGGCAAUAAGCGAAAUACAGAAAAUAAAAUCGCUUGGAAAAUUAAGUGAUAGCCCACGUGACCUAUGUAUAUUUGCAAACAAAGUAUCGAAUAUAAUAGCUACAUUGGAAGCCUUGAAGAAAAUUCAAUAUAUGUACAAUCCAGAGUUGGUGAAGACCACGAUAGAAAAAUUAACGCCGAUUUUACGAAAAGCGUGGUAUGACUAUGCUGCGAAGGAAAAGGAGGACAUUCCUGAUUUGAAGAAACUCGCGACAUUUUUAAAUGAAGAGGCGGACAAGUGCGGAGCGUACGCGCAACCUGAAGACAUCUCAGGGUAUAAUGAGAGGUAUACGAAGAAGAGGAUCGAGCACACCUACUCCACGAAAGAGCAGAAUACCAAGAAGGAACAAUGUCCUGUUUGCAAAUUAGACCACCAGUUACCCGAGUGCAAACGCUUCCGUGACGUCGACACGAACGAACGCUGGGAAAUUGUAAAGAAGCAUCGUAUAUGUUUCCAGUGUUUAAGAAGCCCGCAUCGUCGGUCUACGUGCAGGGCCAAGAAGUGUGGGCACGACAGCUGCAGUAUGGCGCAUCACCGGCUUCUCCAUCACAAGAAAAGAGAGGCUUCACCGUCGCUGUCAUCGCCGGUCGUCGCUGAAGUCACGUCUACGGUGGAAAUCGUGAAAAACGCCAGCAAUAGAAGCCGACAAGCAUACUUGAAGAUUGCACCGGUCACGCUGACGGGACCCACCGGUGCCCGCGUCGAUACCUACGCCCUUAUGGACGACGGCAGCACUAUCACGUUGAUCGACGAAAACCUGGCGGAAAUAUUGGAGCUCGAUGGGCCGCGGGAUCCUAUGUGGGUGCAAGGCCUUAAUGAAACAGUGAGGCACGAAAACAGCCGACGCGUCGACAUCAAGAUACGAGGACGGUUCAAUGAAGAAGAGUUUACGUUACGAAACGCCCGCACAGUACAACGCCUUAUGUUUACGAAACAGAAUAUCGAACAAAGAGAACUAAGGGACUGCGUCCACCUACAGGAAAUUGAAGAUAAAUUGAUAUACAAGAACGCGAGCCCGAAGAUACUUAUCGGUCAAGAUAACUGGGAGUUAUUGUUGGCAUUGGAGAUCCGUACCGGUCGUCGAGAUCAACCAGUGGCUUCAAAUACACGACUAGGAUGGGUUUUACACGGAUGUCGCACGUCAUAUCACGAGAAUGUCGCCUUCUGUGGUCACAUUAUACUCAAGGAACAAGAUAACAAAAUGGAAAAUAUGAGGAAGGAGUUCUUCGACAUGGAAGCUCUCGGUAUCAGUCCCAGAAGACAGAAGAGUGAUCCAGAAGAACGCGGAAUGAAAAUCCUAAAGGAAAAUAGUAGAAGAUUGCCCGAUGGCCGCUUCGACACUUCGUUGCUAUGGAAACAAGAUGACUUCGUUGUACCUAACAACUACGAUGACGCCUUCAAGCGAUUGAAGACUUUGGAGAAAAAGUUAAACCGCGAUCCGGUUCUCAAGGAAAAAUACGACGCAACGAAAAGAAAACGUACGAAACCGAAUCCCAUAGAAGAUCCUAACUGGACAAGGGGCCGAAAAAUCGAAAAGGACUCAAGUACGAGUGUGAUGAGAAGAGAAAAAAGAAAAUUCGUACAUUUGGAAUCAGAUUACGUUCUAAAAGCGGAAAAACUAUGGGUGCGAGAAGUGCAAGCACAAUCAUACGCGAGUGAAAGAGAACGCAUCAUACGCGGAAACGCCCCCGGCCCACGUGACGUGACAAGCUCGCAAGUCUGA